UCUAACUUCAAUAUGGCGGAAUUUGCAGCCCAUUUGAACCAAGGCACUUUGAACGCUCAACCAACAAUAUUUGAGAUAGUCGCCCAAGAAUCUAUGGCAUCAGUGCUAAGACCGGCUGUUAUUUAUGCGUUGAAAGUGCUGGCAAGUUCUAAUCCUGACAGAUGGGGCUGGAUUUGGCGUUUCGGAGACGAACUUCACCUAUGUUUAGAAUAUAUUCUCCAGAGUCACUAUUUAAGGAACUUUGAAGGUUCAAUAUCUGAACAUUUUUAUGGGCUCAAAAGAGUUAGCAGAACCCCUAAUAACAAUGCCGAUGAUAAACUAUCAAGUUUGCAGAGAUAUUUGUCUUUAUUAAUGUUAGUGGUACUUCCAUAUGCUAAACUUAAACUUGAUCAGCUGUUUGAAAGAUUAAGAGAAGAGUAUGUUACUGGUUCAUUGUCCUCCCAUCCAGCCAGGAAGCGGUUGUAUUUUCUGCACCUCAAGAGAAUAUUUAUUUACUUGUAUCCCUUCUUGCAUUGCGCGUGGGAAUCGAUCUUUUUGUGUUAUUACAUGCUGUAUAUCUUUAGAGUCUCUGGCGUUCACUCUCCUUUACUUCAUAUUGUGGGAAUCUCUUUACAAAGAUUCACACAACGAGACAUUGUCGUGCACAAUCUGCAGAGAAGUCUUCCUACAGUUCCUUACAGACAGACUAUGGUUAAACAGAUACUGGCCAUUCCAUGCUCAGUUACAAGGCUGCUAUCAUCAUUGUUAGCCAAUGGUCUUCCUAUUGCUGUGUUUUCACUUAAAUUCAUAGAGUGGUGGUAUUCAAGUGACAAUAGAAGCACUGUUCAAUCAGUAAUGCAGUUACCAGUCCCCUCUCCACCAACCCAGCCUAAGCCUGCCCAACAUGGUGCCCAACUCCCUCCACAUCCAGCUCAGUGUCCACUGUGUAAGAGAGUUCGCACUAAUCCUACAGCAUUGUCUUCCUCUGGUUAUGUUUUCUGCUACCCUUGUAUCCACAAAUACCUCAAUCAACAUGGAUGCUGUCCAGUCACACAUUUGCCAAGUGCAUCAAAACAACUUGUCAGGCUUUAUGUUGAUAUUGUAAACUAAAAAACAUACCAGUUUUUCACAGAGUGAAAGAAAUUUAAAGUCCUUCUCUUCUGAUAUAAUUUUGGGCAAAUUUCUCCCAGUCACACCCAGUUCUCAAUUAUCAUUAGAGACUGAAACAAGUUAUUUAACCUGUUACACCCUAACAUUUGUAUACAUAUUCUCCAAACAGUUCUUCUUGCAUUUUGUAUGGUGCUGACAAGGAGAAUUUGUGUAACAAUCAAGAGCUUCUUUAGUUGGUGAAUCAUUUCCUUUUGCACAAUCUUAACAUGUGAUUCAUGGGUGAUAUUGUGAGGAGAAAUUAGAUGCUAGUCACUCUAAGAGUAUAAAGGGUUAAAAUGCUGUCAUAUGGAAAGUUAGUUUUCUUUGAAUUGCUGCAAAAAUAGUGACUUGUCGAGUUAAGUUCUGCUCGUUUAUUAUCAAAGUUUUAACUUUUUUUCUAAUUUAACUUCACUUAGCCCAAUUAAUUUCAUGAUUUUAAGAAUUCUUUUUUUCAGUGAUGGGCUGCACAAAGUCACUAACUUCUUUUAUGUAUUAAGGAAAACAAACCACACUCUUCAAUAAAAUGUUACUGGUGCACCAAAACCUUGUUAUUUUCACUUUAAGGAUUAAAAUAAACAUCAACACUA